AACCCAUUUGCUCUCUCUCUCUCUAUCUUCCUUUAUAGAACUAAUUUUUAGGGAAGGGAGGGAGUAGACAGAAGCUGGGCAAAAGCUUCAAUAAUAUGCAAUCGUGGGUGGUACACUACAUGACUUAUUGGCGCGUAUUUUAAAAAGCAUCAACAUUCAUACUCCCGCUCUCUGCUAUUUCUUUCACCAUUCUAUUCUUCCCCAAAUUAUCGAAACCCUAGAAUUUAUUUCAACUCGCCAAUUUCCAGGCAUUAACAAUCAAUGGAUUGUAAUUUGGAACUCGGAAUUGGACUUGAGAGCCAACGUAAACGGCCCUUUCUGCAGAAUGACGGAAAGGAGAAGGAAAUUGUUGAGCAGAUGGACAUAAUUAGUGAUUUACCUGAUCAUUUGAUUGCUCGAGCACUUUCCUUCCUUGAAACUGAUGAAGCAGUGAGAACUUGUGUAUUGUCCUCCAGAUGGAGGUAUCUUUGGAAAGGCAUUGGUCGUAUUUGUUUGCGAGGUUUUGAUUUUGAUCCUGAUAUAUUUUCAAACCUUGUGGAGCAUGUGCUUAAAAGUUGUAACUCGGCAAACUUUUUGGCAUUUGAGCUUUUCUGCCCGUUGUUAAUAGACGUCUCUCGUCUAAACUCAUGGAUUGCUAGUAUAAAGAGUUGUAAAAUUGAAAAGCUGACUAUACACGCCAACAACACAGAUGAUUACAUCUUACCUGAAUCACCUCUGCCACAAUGCAUUCUUUCUUACAACACAUUAGUGUAUCUCAAUCUUGAUUGUUUUGACAUUCAAAUACCUGAGUCCGUAGUUAGUUUUCCUUGUCUCAAGUCACUUAAUCUUCAGGUCAUAUUCCCUGACAGUGAGGAUGCUGUGAAUCGGCUCUUGUCUUGUUGCCCAGUCUUAGAAAAACUGUACCUGUUGGGUUUCAUUGAUUACCCUGAGGGCCUGAAGAUUAAUAUUUCUGUUUCUACUCUAAGAAGAUUAAGUUUGCGACUGGUAAAUACUGAAAGCAGUUAUGAAGAGGAGCAUGAUAUUAUUAUCAAUACACCCAAUCUGGAAUACCUCUCCGUAGAUGAUGACUCGUUUUCUAAGUAUGUGGUGAAAGAUGUAUCGCGGGUAUCUAAUGUUUUUGUCAAUUAUGAAGCCAUAUGGCUUGAUGAUUUAGUUCCCAAGUACAUACACCACCUCCUUGAUCUUUUAAAGGGGAUUGCCACCACUGAACUUCUGACAUUGCAUUGGAGUACUAUAGAUGUACUUGGUUCGGCUCUUAGCUAUGCCUGGCCUGCAUUCCCACAUUUGACGACAUUGAUCAUGCAAUUAAAUCUAUACUCGGGUUGGACCUGUUUUUCAAAAUUGCUCCAUAGCACUCCCAAGUUAGCUUUUUUUAUUUUGGAUUUGGAGGGGAUCAACGACAGUGAUAACAGACCGUCAGAUGAUGAUCUAUACCAAUGGACUCCACCCGACAAAGUCCCAAAUUGUUUAUUAGAAAAUCUGGAGAUAAUUGGCAUUCAGUGUUUUAAAGGAAACGAAGAUGAAGUACAAGUAGUAGAGUAUUUGUUAAAUAAUUCCCAUGUGUUGAAGAGCAUGAUGAUUGGUUAUGAUCCGGAUUCUGCCAGUGAAGAAGUCAGGGAGAAGUUAUUGAUGUUUCCAAGAGCUUCCAAGACUUGUGAUGUUGAGAUUUAUGAACGCGUCAUGUAUAAGGAACAAGAUCCCACCACCUCACAUAAUGAUAUUAUCUUAUGGGGAGUUUGAGCAUAUUGGAGUUUAUGUUAGCUGGUGUGUUGAACUUCAUUCUGAUUGUCAAUUGAUAUUGUUACAUGCUGGUUUAAUUUGUUAUGGCAUUGAUGAACCUGGUGGAUAUUCAUCUCUUGAGCCUUGAGGGUUCAGUCUUUUUAUUGUAUUCAGUUUGGUAGGCUUACCUCAUAUAUGAAUUAUGAUAGAACGAUAAAAUUACAAGUACAAAAGACAGUUUUAUUGUGGUGAAUUUUAUA